UGGCAAUGCAGCAACCACUGCAAAACGAGAUUGGGUAGCGUUUAAUAUCGGUGACGUGGAGAAUAGUAGAAUAAGUUUGGCAGUCCAAGAUCUAUGGAUAGAACUGGAUAUUUUGCAUCAAUGGCAAAAAUUAGCAGACUAUCUUUCUAAAGAUCAUUCCUUGAUAAAUCAAAGUCGGACAUCUAAGGGUGGUGGCAUAAGUGUUGAUACUAUAGAAGAAUGCUAUCAUCUAAGCGAACAGGAAGAAACUGUAUUAGUACAGGUUUUUGUCAAAUGCUUGCAAUUAAUUCUUUCAGAUAAUACGACUAAAGACAAAAAGAAGACGGAAACCCAAAUCGACGAAACGCGUGACGAAAUUUCGAGAAAUAUGGUGACCAAUUUACCUAAGUUUUUGACAAAAUAUGCACCUGAUGCAGGUCGAAUAGCUGAGGUUCUACGGAUACCUAUAUUGAUGAAUCUAGAUGUAUAUUCCGAUCUGCGUAUUCACAAGGCCUAUGAGGUGCUUGUCGAAGAUAUAGUGAAGCUUUAUCUAAAACACACACAUCCAGUUGUUCUUUCACAUGCUGCCACAACAUUUCAACAUAUGAGACAAUAUAAAAAUUUUGCAUCAAUGACAGAGACGAGACUUGGAGAAUUACAAGAAGAAGUUAUUAAGACAUUCCUCAGGGAAUGUGAGGAUAAGGACUUAUUGACAAUGGGCCUUACUAGUGAUCAAGUUCAUUCACUUUGUGUAGCAUUGAAUCGCAUAGAACAAUUAAUCACAGUUGUGAAUUUUAUCGAUGCUGUAGAGGCAUGCGAUGAUAAUAACAAGAAUGUUUAUAAUUGCAUUAUACGGUUAGUCAGAAGAGGAUUACUAGGGAAUAUGGAGGAAGAAAAGAUUGUAUCGUCGGCAAUUAAUUUUCUUUGGUAUUACAUAUUAUGGAAAGUCGUAAACAUUUUUCCAAAUGAACUUGUUGUAGAAGAUAUAUCUCUUGAUGUAUUGAACGAUCUAAUUGAAAAAAGAGAUCAGAUCGUCCAGACAUUAUUUGAUGUUGGAAUAUCAUAUGGAUCCCAAGCAUUACACAGUGUUAAGUCAACGGCGCUUCGAACGUUUGGUAAUAUGUAUUGGCUAUUUUCAAGUGAUAUAUUUCACCAUUCGAAUGAAAAAAUCAGAAUUAUGGACGUUAUUGGUACCCUCCUCCGAGGUGUCAGGGGCGGCUGGCUUAAUAUUUCACAUGCUGCAAUC